AUGGAGACUCUAGUACUGAUACCUCAGGAGUUGAGUCUAGCAUUGAGGCCAGGGGGAGCCAGGGGCAGGGAAGCGUCUGUCAGCGUCUGGACGUCAACGGAGAUUCAAAGGGGUGCUUUAUUGUACCCCUUCCAGGGGACGAUUAGAAUUGACAAACUACAUGUUUACUCCUAUGUGCCCGAUCACGACGUACGUCAUCGAUUUGGUCUAUUCGACGAAGUUUGCACAUCAGGGGGGGUACAAGUCCGACAUUGUAAUUGGGUUCGAUUUUUACGAGUCUCAGAAAAUUAUGGACCUCAAGUUAACCUAGUCUGCACAAAAGUUAAGGGUGAACCCGUUUACGAAGCUGUUAAACCAGUGUCAGCUCACACCGAGCUGGUGGUCUACUACCUUCCUGAAAGACCUGAAGAGCUGUUCUUCGUAAGAAUGAGGAACAACUUGUACAGACAAACUAUGGAUUCUAUAUUAGAAGAUUCGCCGUUAGACCUUUCCACUUCCUUACUGUCCAGAGUACUUUUACCGAUUUCACCUCCUUCGGGCCCAGAAGACGAACACAAAUCCGUAUCUGGUGAUUCAUUGACAUCGUCAUCUGCCGGGUCAUCGAAUGAACUACUAGAAAUGACACCUAAAAUCCAAAGAAGACCUGCAAAAUCUGAGCGUGCCUUAUUACCUUGCGAAGUUUGCGGGAAGGCUUUUGACAGGCCAUCAUUAUUGAAACGGCAUAUGAGAACUCACACAGGUGAAAAACCUCAUGUAUGUAUGGUGUGUAACAAAGGCUUUAGCACAUCGAGUAGUCUCAACACACACAGACGAAUACACUCAGGAGAAAAGCCUCACCAGUGUCAGCACUGUGGGAAAAGGUUUACGGCCAGUUCGAACCUUUAUUAUCAUCGUAUGACACAUAUCAAGGAGAAGCCUCACAAGUGCAGUCUCUGCUCGAAGUCAUUCCCAACGCCUGGAGAUCUCAAGUCACAUAUGUAUGUACACAGCGGAUCGUGGCCAUACAAAUGUCACAUCUGUUCUAGAGGAUUCUCGAAACACACGAAUCUAAAGAAUCAUCUGUUUUUGCAUACUGCAAAGCACCAACGAAACAAUGCAAGAGACGCCACUUGA